AUGUCUCGAUCUUAUGCAGUCUACAGUGUUGAUGAUUACGAAGAAGAGGAAAAUGAAGAAUUGGAAACCAAGGAUGAACACUCCUUUCUCAUGAAUGAUGAGGAUUAUGAGUAUUCCAUCCAAAGCGAAGAAGAGGAUGAUGAUGAGGACGGAACGUACGAAGAUGAAGAGGAGUAUGAUACAACUUCAGCAAAGACUGAACCGCUUCCAAUAGAAACUCCCAAGAAGCAGAGCGGAGAGGGCUCUGCUCAGCAAAUCAAGAUGACUCGUGGAGAUUUAAUUGCUCAGCUUGAAAGACUCGGAUACACAAAUGUUCCUGAGGAUGUGGUUCAAGAUUUCAUUGCCGAGCUGAGAAAUCAAAACAUUGAGGUUCUCCCCGAAGAGCCUUGCACCUCUCGCAAUUCUUCUUCAAUAUUUUCUCGCGACGAUGAAGACCAGGUGAAAAUCGAUAACGUUGCGGAGGAAGAAGAAGAAGAGAAUUAUGAAGAAGAAAAUCAACAUUCUGAUAAAGAAGAGUCCUUGCAAGAGGAGCAAGAUGAAGAGGCGUUCAUUCCAGUAUUUAAACCACCUGUUUUAAAUGAUGAUGAUAUUACAACACGAGGCACUCCAUCAAAAAAACAACAACAACCAUACCAGAAAUAUGAAUCACCUCAGCUACAUAGUCCCAGUGGUGCAAAACAAUAUAACACCCCCAAAAUGCAAACUGAUUCUCCAGCCAGGAACGUAUCCAUGCAAAGGGAUAGCCCUAGUGUCACAGAAGACGAAGGUUAUGACACCACUGCUUACUACAACAACCACUACGCAUCGCUGAAAGACUUUCAAAAAAUCAAAUCCCAACACAGAGAUUCUAGGAAUUUGGUUACACCAAAAGUUGAGACCAUUAAAUCUCCAAUAAGGCAAAGCCAACAAGUGGAUGAUUAUCACAGUCCUCCCAAUAGGAUAUCUAGAGAAUACGACUCACCAUCCUCAAAAAUCAAAUUUAAACCAUUGGAAUCGGCAAACUACACUCCUCCAAGUCUUCCAAUGAGUAGACCCAAGACAGCUCCUCCUGUAAAAACCCCACCAACAGAACCUCAGUUAAGAACGCCCACUAAGGAUACUUCAAAAGAAUCUCCAAGUGGCAAUAGGUCUAGCAUGGUAAGAUCAUCCGUAACAUCGGUCUCAACCUCUCAGUCAAUUUCUAGGCCCCUUCCAUUCAAAACCAAUGUUAAAAAGCCAGUGUCGUACAGAAAGAAGGUGAAUGAUCCAGUGUCUCGAUGGAGAGAACUGAACUCAGUUUGGAAGAAUGACACCUUCCUUAAAAACCAGCAAAAUCAACAAAAGAGUCACAGGUGGCGUGUUAGACAAGAAAUGCUUGAAAUUCAAGGAGACAAAUAUUUGAACCCCAAGGAAUGUCGAUGA